AUGGCAGUAAUACCUUCAUCAAACACAUUAACACGUCGAGAUGCUUCAUUGUCAGACACGAAAGAUAACGCAACAUAUAUAAUCCUUGGUCUAAUAAUCGGACUAUUUCUGCUUCUUGGUAUUCUCAUAAUAGUAGCAAUAGUGAGAGCUCGUACGAAAAAGGCCACAACAACUAACACUGACACCAUAGAAACCAUAGAAGUUACAACACAGCAGCAACUUCAUCAACAACAAGCUAAAGAUUCGAAGGAAGAACAAAAAUUAUCAGGAGAACAAACAACAAGAGGUGAAACAUCAAAUAGCGGCAGGAAAGAAUUAAGAACUUUCAUAUUAGACCAAAAUCGAAAUUCAAAUGGCUCUACACUUGUUGGAUUGUCGAUUCGAGAUAGUGUUACUAGCGCAGAGACAAUUUUCACUAGUCCAAGAGCAAGUAGAGCGAGUUUGUAG